UAAACAUUAUCAGCGCGAUAAACUCAUCGCGGUUCGUCCACGUAGUGACCCGCGACAUAUCGAUCAAUACAGGUCGAGCGUGUCUUAAUUCACAACACUUCACUUUGAAGUCGUAAACAGUUUUUGGUGAUUCUUUUCUUCUGCUUUACAGAAAAUGCUACGGUCGGUUUUAUUGUUCGCGUUUCUGCAAUGUGUAGUGUGCCAGCAGUACCAGCAGAAAGUGGCACCGGGGGUCCCCCCACAGAACUAUCAGAACUACCAGCAGCCACCUCCGCCUCCACCACCUAACCAGCAACAAUACCAGCAGCAGCAGUAUCAGCAGCAGCAGUACCAGCAGCAAGUCCCAGUGCAGCAGGUGCCCGUGCAGCAGCAGCAGGUCCCUGUCCAGCAGCAGGUCCCUGUCCAGCAGGUGCCCGUGCAGCAGGGACAUGGACAUGGGCAUGGUGACCCGCAGCUGCUGAACGCGGCGAACAUCGCCCAGGAGCGCGACCACAUCCAGGAGCACAUGGAGGUGCCCAUCGACACCUCCAAGAUGUCGGAGCAAGAGCUGCAGUUCCACUACUUCAAGAUGCACGACGCUGACAACAACAACAAGCUCGAUGGCUGCGAGCUCAUCAAGUCACUCAUACAUUGGCACGAGCAAGGGCACAACCAGGAGCAGCCGGUCGGGGCACCUCCGGUCCAGGAGAAGGUGUUCAAGGACGACGAGCUCACCAACCUCAUCGACCCCAUCCUCAACGUGGACGACCACAACCGGGAUGGCUACAUCGACUACCCCGAGUUCGUCCGGGCGCAGCAGAAAAACAGAAAGGAGGACCAGCACUAGGGACAUUAGCGGUGGCACUGGAUUGAUGCAAAAUAUUUCAGAGUUAUUCUACCCUGUGGUCUGCUAUUUAGAGCUAAUAUCAAUACUGUUCUGUUCCAGUCUAGUUUUUAUCAAAAAAUAGUAUUCGCAUCUUACAGCAGUAGCCCUAGCACGGC